ACUAAAUAACUACAAAUAUAUUAAAAUACCUAAUUACAUAAUACUAUUAUUUUUAGAAAUUGCAACAAAAUUAAAAUAGAAAUAUAAACUUUUGAACUGCGGGUUUGGUCUGGUCAGAGGAGAACUGACCCCGACUGAGUCUGGUUUCUCCCAAGGUUUUUUUCUCCAUUCUGUCUCGGAGGGAGUUUUGGUUCCUUGCCGCUGUCGCCUCUGGCUUGCUCAGUUGGGGACACUUAAUUUCUAGCGAUUAUCGCCGAUUUGAUUGCACAGAUACUAUUUAAACUAAACUGAGCUAGACAAUGACAUCUCUGAAUUCAAUAAUGAAAUGCCUUUCACUGAAAAUUGAGUGUUUAAUCUUAUCAUUAUACAUUACUGACACUCUAUCCUCCAAUUUGAUACUGUUAAGUGCUUUGACACAAUCUGUAUUGUAAAAGCGCUAUAUAAAUAAAGGUGACUUGACUAGAUGCCGCUAAAGUCUACACACUGCACCUUUAAGCUAACUGAGACUUGUUGAUUUUGAUUGCUUCCAUUGUCCUCAUUUUUAAGUUCGCUUUGGAUAAAAGCUUCUGCUAAAUGACUAAAAAUAAAAGAAUAGUGAACUGAUGAGAGCGGCGCGCUCACGCGAAGAGCGUAUGGACGGCGUGCGCGCUCCGUUGCUGUAGCAGGUUUCUAUGGUUACCGAGACGCUCGCGCUCUGUUGCUGUAGCAGGUUCCUAUGGUUACCGAGGCCGCGUUACUAACGAAGCUUCAGUCGCUUUCAUUUCGGAAAAAAAGUCAGAGUACAGCAACACAGUACAGUAAUAGAGUACAGUAAUAGAGUGCGUUCAUCGGAAAACUAGUAAACCACAGUCGGUUAUUUAGGAUGGAUUUCGGCGGCAAACUGGAAGAACUGAACCUGACUCGUGAUGAAAUGAGUCGGCUCGGAGAAGCGCUAAAAGACGAGCAGUUCCGCGAGUUACUGCGCGAAUACGCCGCGGAGAUCUCGAGCCCCGAGAACCGGAGGAGACGCGAGGAGGAGAUCGCGCAGCUGGAGGAGCAGAGAGGAGUCCGCGCGCGCUUCCUCCACCCUGAGCCGCAUCACGUGCUGAAGACACGCGGCGCGCGCGGGAAACUCUUCAUCAAUAUCUGCUCCGAUCCGCUGAUCGAUAAACCCUCGAGCGAAACGGCCAGAGACCGGGACGGAACACCGGGACACCGCUGGCGACUACCGUUCAGCCUGACGCCGGGCACACCGGACCGGGACGCCGCCGGAAACAGCUGCGUGACUCAUGACGUCAUCUUCCACCCGGACGCGCUGCACCUGGCGGGAAACAGCAGGAGAUUCAUGAAGAUGCUCCACAGCACCGCCAUCGAAGGAAUAGAAGACUCCUUCCACGUCAAGCUGGAGAAACACAACAUAAAGCAGCUCAAGAUGAAGUAUAAAGGUGUUCCGCAGGCGGCGCUGAUCCGCAGACCGAUACCUGGACACCAGCAGAACACCUGUGAGACCCUGCUGUCAUUCCCUGACCCGGGCCAGACCCAGAGAGAACAAGAGCCAGAACCAGACCAGACCCAGACAGAACCAGAACCAGAUCCGGACCAGACCCACACAGAACCAGAACCAGACCAGACCCACACAGAACAAGAGCCAGAACCAGACCAGACCCAGACAGAACCAGACCAGACCCACACAGAACAAGAGCCAGAACCAGACCAGACCCACACAGAACCAGAACCAGACCAGACCCACACAGAACAAGAGCCAGAACCAGACCAGAUCCAGACAGAACCAGAACCAGAUCCAGACCAGACCCAGACAGAACCAGAACCAGUACCAGACCAGACCCACACAGAACCAGACUCCAGACCAUCAUCCCAUCAGCCCACAGCACCGCAGUACAGCGUGAAGUACCGCUCAGUGGUGGAUCUGCAGGACUACAGGAGCUCCAGAGACUCGGGGCCCGGGACCCGGCCCACAGAGAUCGUCGUCACCGUGGACUUACCUCUGCUGGGGUCCGCUGGAGACGCAGAGCUGAGCGUGAAGCAGCGCCGGCUCGUCCUGGAGUCUCAGAACCCGGCGUAUAAACUGGAUCUUCCGCUCUCGUAUCCCGUGGAUGAAGACAAAGGACACGCCAAGUUCAACAAAACUAAGCAGCAGCUGACGGUCACUCUCCCCGUUCGGCCGGCGAGGAGCGCAGCGGUCCAGCAGCUCCGGCGCGAUGAGAUGAAGCCUUCAGCAUCAGAACCUCAGAUCACCGCUUUAACCACAGAACCACAGACGCUCAGCGAUCCAGCAGUGAAGCGGACAGAACCGCAGGAACCGGAUCAUCGGAUCUGCUCUGUAGAAACAGACAAAGAUGAAACUAACAUCAAUCAGCCGGUCGACCGUUCAUCAAAUACAUUUUCCAGCGCAUCUAAAAUCACAGCAAACGGUGCAGAUGAAGCGAGCGGCGCCCCGGAGACAGAAAACACGCAGGAAUCUGAGUCGAACACAGCGAGGCACGCGUUACUUCCACAGCAGCCGAGUCACGAGGAGGACCUGAGCUCUUCUCAGGACACCGAAGAGACAAAGACCAGACGUUCUUCAGAAGACGAGAGCACAGCGGAGCGGUUCCUGGAGGAAGAUGUUCUGAGAGAGAUCAAGCCUGACGGCGGAGACGUCUUCAUCUGCACUCACGAGACCUCGGCCGCCUUGUGCUUCCAGAACUGCCUGUGGUCUGCUUUAGACUAAACCUGCUGUCUCUUAGCUAACUGAUAGUGUGACGCGGAGU